UAAGUUGUUGCUUGACGGUGUUGUUGUUCCCUGGUGCACCGCCACACUUCUGCGCAUUUGCCAUACAUCACCGCCAUUGAAAUCACGACAUUUGCUCCAGUCCCAAGACCUUACCAUUUUGGGACAAUUGACUCAACUUCCUUUCUGCUUUCCCAUGCAAUAAUCUUUUCCACUUUGAUGUACUAAAAAUCUGCAAAUUUUGUAUAUCCGUUUCUCUCUUUGCCGUAUAUCCUCCAAUAGUACUGGCUUAUACAAAGGAAGAGUGGUUGCAAGAGUGUCACGUGGAACCACUCCGUUGAUCAGUUGAUAUCCGAAUAGAAUACAUUGGCUGAGACUUCUUCGGCCAUUGCGUGUCAGCGAUGGACCACACAGUACUACAUGAAUCGGAUAGCACGUCCGAAAUUGAUGAACAGACCAAGACCUGGGAAUCUGAUCCGCGUUCUUUAACUACGCACCUCACCGACGAUGAAACGAAUAACCCCAAUGCGAUGAUUGAAUGUGGCAUCGGCCACCGUGUUCAGGCCAGUCGGUCUGUCCUAGCACUAGUCUUAGACGAUGACUGCGUGUUUGCUGGUCUCCAGGGUGGAGACAUUGUAGCAUGGUCCCUCCAGACAUACGAGCUCGUGCUUUCUGUGCAUGCUCACCAGGAAAGCGUUCUAGAUCUUCAUCUCUCCGAGGACAAAGAGUUGCUUUUCUCUAGCGGCGGAGAUUCAGUCGUCAAUGUGUGGUCGACGAGGACCUUUGAUCGCUUAUACUCGAUUCACUCCCACCAUGAUGUAGGUGAUAUUUUCGCAGUUGCCUACUCGCCAAGCUUGAAGACUAUCUACUGCGCUGGCCAGAACACCAGUAUCCAGUGGUGUGAUAUCUCACAAGCUGAUGCGGCUGCCACACAAUUGUCAGCGGCUCACCUUUCGAGAAGGACCCAUAGGUUUUUUGAUUCUCGGGGCCCUGAUGGCACUCGUGCCCCGAGGCCGGACGCGGGAGCGGACGGAAGCCAUUCGGUCACCCAGGGUGGUCAAGUUCUCACCUUUAAGCGUGAUCACCACAGGAUAUUUUCCCACCAUGGUUAUGUAUACACGAUGCUCCUCGUGCGAGGGCUGGUUGAGUCGGCACCUUCUGAGGAAGUACUUAUCACCGGUGCUGGAGAUGGCGUUGUCAAACUUUGGCGUCUGGAUCAAGACAAAUCCAACGCGGCGCCAUCCCAAAUGGCAAAGCUGCAAAAUGGUGACCCAGUACUCUCUAUCGCGGUCGACGGGUCAUUUCUGUACUGUGGCCUCGCAGGUGGCGCAUUAAACAUCUGGAACCUAGAUUCUCAUCAGCUCGUUAAACGCAUCACUAGACACACCGGCGAUCUGUGGGCGGUUGAUAUUAUCCAUGGAGUGGCCGUGUGUGGUGACUCAAAUGGUAUCGUUAAGAAAUUUAACUCUCGAUUUGAGGAGGUUGGCAGCUGGACCGCUCAUGAGGGAACAAUGCUCGCGUCGGCCGCUGGUCGGCACAAAGACCGAUUUAUUUAUGCUUCAGGAGGAAACGACAACACUGUUGGUAUCUGGGAUCUGACAGACGUGUCCCUAAAGCAGAAUGAAUUACCUCCAAUCAACAACGAUGAAAUGGUUAACUGCCUUGCCAAGUUUGUCGCUUUCAAGACUGUUUCAGCUAGCCCCAAAUUUGCGGGUGAAUGCAAUCAAGGUGCAGCGUUUCUACGAAGACACUGCAUUUACCUGAGAGCCAAGACGAAACUUCUCACCACCGGAAAAGACACGAACCCGAUUGUCUACGCACGGUUCAAUGCAACUUCCUCGGAGAAGAUUGACAAAACUAUUUUGUUCUACGGCCACUACGAUGUCGUCGGGGCCGAUGCCAACCUUACCAAGUGGAAAACAGAUCCCUACCAGCUUACUUCGAUGGAUGGUUUCCUAUACGGCCGCGGUGUAUCCGACAACAAGGGCCCCAUCUUGGCUGCUUUAUACGCGGCUGCAGAUCUUGCACGCCAAAAGGCGCUCCGAUGCAAUAUUGCUUUCCUCAUCGAAGGUGAGGAAGAAUCGGGCUCCCAGGGCUUCCAUGAAACUGUUCGACGACACAAGGAGCAGAUUGGUUCGGUGGACUACAUCCUACUUGCCAACAGUUACUGGCUGGAUGACUACAACCCAUGUUUGACCUAUGGACAACGUGGUGUCGUCCAUGCAAACCUAAUUGUAACCAGCGACCACCCCGACCUUCAUAGCGGUAUUGAUGGAAGCGCAUUGUUGGAUGAACCGCUGAAGGACCUUACCUUGCUGAUCGGCACUCUGGUGGGACCUAAAGGCCGCAUUAAUCUCCCCGACUUCCGGGACCGCGUCUUGCCUCUCCCCGAGGCCGAGAAGCAGCGAUAUGCGGAGAUCGCGCAGAUUCUUCUGCAGCAACACCCCGAGAUUACCGACCGCGAUGCCUUGAUUGACUCACUUAUGCAUCGGUGGAGGGAGCCAGCCCUUACCAUCCACUCCAUCGAGGUGCCGGGCAAUAGCAAGAGCACGACAACAACCAUCUCACGCCGGGCGAAAGCCAGUGUAUCUAUCCGUUUAGUGCCCAACCAGGAAGCAGACGAUGUUGCAGCAAGUUUGACCAUGUAUGCACAGGAGCAAUUUGAUCUCCUAGAAUCGCAAAACGACCUGACGGUUGAGAUCACGGGUAAGUCCGAUCCCUGGUUAGGUGAUCCGGACAACGAGAUGUUCGAGACUCUUGCGGAGGCUAUCACAGCAGCCUGGACGCCAGACACGCAGGACCAGAAACAUCAAUAUCCCCCAGUUCAGCGAAACCAACAAGACCGAACGGUCAGCAAGCUGUCCAAGCAGCCAGGUCCUCGACUUACUCGGAAAGAUUCUUCGGAUAGUCUUGCUUCCCAUAUUGAUCGUAUUAUCAUGUCAUCGACCACAUCUUCAGCAAGGAAGGCAGAGACGCGCCAACGCAGCUCUCUCAGCGUGGGUGUACCCACAUCAUCGACACUGACUAGCAAAUCCAGCCCCGCAGUUGUGUCGGGUGGUUCCACCAGAGAAACAUCUCCAGCGCCUCAGGGAGAAACGCCUCCCCCUCCCGAACCGGUACCCGGGCCGUCUGGCGUCCGUCCUAUAUAUAUCCGUGAGGGAGGAUCUAUUCCGACAAUCCGUUUCCUAGAGAAGGAAUUCUCGGCGCCGGCAGCCAAUCUUCCCUGCGGGCAGGCGAGUGAUAAUGCGCACUUGUACAAUGAGAGACUGCGCGUGCAGAACUUGUACAAGAGCCGGGAGAUCUUCAGCUAUGUGUUUUCGCGCCUACCGGAGAGGGAACGGAAGUGAUCCACGAAGAGGUGUUUUGGGUGGGAUAAGCAGAGUUAGAGCAUAAUACUUAAUGGAGCCAAAGUCGACGUCACUUUUAGCUGCAAAUUGGCGAAACGAUCUUGUAUUCCUCAAUUUCUUUUCAACAUUGGUGAGGGUAUAAUUAAAUUGAAUGUUCAUUUGAUAAGGACGGAAAAUAGCCCUCGGAUCUUUUUGUAGGAUUGACUAGAAAGAAAACCAUCCUCAAUGAAGCGCCCUGCAGUUUAUUAUGAAGAGUAGAAGUGAGUAGACUACUAGAGGAUAUCACACGAACGUUCCACCACAAUUUAUUGACUCAGAGCCAGAUAACUUCAUUGCCAAAAAACGUUAGACAUCAUCUUUACGUUAUUCUUCUUUUCUUUCACAUUGGAUAUCAACCCAGAGUAGAGCUACUUUUACAUCAGUCUAUGCCAUAAUCUUUUCCAGAA